UGCGGCUCGCCCGGCGCCACGGUGGAGAAGGAGGAGGCCGGCGGCGGCAUCAGCGAGGAGGAGGCGGCGCAGUAUGACCGGCAGAUCCGCCUGUGGGGCCUGGAGGCUCAGAAGCGGUAUCUCCAGAAGGUGCUGGAGCUCAGUUCCUGAUUCGUACUGGGUCUGUUGGCCGAAAUAGAGCUGAAGCCUCCUUGGAGCGAGCGCAGAAUCUCAACCCCAUGGUGGAUGUGAAGGUGGACACUGGGGACAUAGAGAAGAAGCCCGAGUCAUUCUUCACUCAGUUUGACGCAGUGUGCCUGACUUCCUGCUCCAGGGAUGUUAUAGUGAAAGUCGACCAGAUCUGUCACAAAAACAGCAUCAAGUUUUUCACCGGCGAUGUCUUUGGAUACCAUGGGUACACCUUUGCCAAUCUUGGAGAGCAUGAGUUUGUAGAGGUCCCUGGCCAUGGACAGCCCACUGGCUUGCAGGUGGACUACGUCUUCCGGGGUGUGGAGCACGUGGUGCGGGUGGUGGUUUCCGGGCAGGCCCUGGAGUUGGAAGUGGAGGACCGGAUGACGGCCGACCAGUGGCGGGGUGAAUUCGAUGCCAGCUUCAUCGAAGACCUGACUCACAAGACGGGGAACUUCAAGCAGUUCAACAUCUUCUGUAACAUGUUGGAGUCAGCCCUCACCCAGAGCAGCGAGUCCGUCACCCUCGACCUGUUGACCUACACAGACCUGGAGUCCCUGCGGAGCCGCAAGUUGGGGGGCCGUCCGGGUGCCUUGGCCCCCAGGUCCGCCCAGCUCAACUCCAAGCGCUACCUGAUCCUCAUCUACUCAGUGGAGUUUGACAGGAUUCACUACCCGCUGCCCCUCCCGUACCAGGGCAAACCAGACCCCGUGGUCCUGCAGGGCAUCAUCCGCACACUGAAGGAGGAGCUGGGCCGCCUGCGGGGGCUGGACCGUGGCCAGAACCCCCGAGACACGAGGGAGACAGAGAUUUGGCACCUGCGGGAGCAGACGGGACCACGGACUACAGAGCUGGCUUGAGCUCCCUCAGUGACGAGAUCCUACAGCUCAGCUCAGCUGGCCUUGAGCUAUUAGACUUCCGGCCUCUGGGUGUAAGCACCACCAUGACCACCUCCAGCCGGCCUCCAUACAGAGAGCCCACAGGAGAAAAACUGUCCCCGAGGUGGCAAUCCAGUCAGCCCCUCGCCCUGGAGCGGGUCCAGCCCGAAAUCCACUCCCCAGGAACGCCCCAGUCAUCAGAGGCGCCUGGCCAGUUCUGGAGGCUGGGUCCCUAUGAAAGAGUGCAGCUCCGACUACCGGGGCGCCGACAUGGCCGACAUAGACGCCCGCCUGAAGGCCUUGCAGGAGUACAUGAACCGGCUGGACACGCAGUCGUGACCUCGGAGAGGUGGCACCUCCACUUGUGGGUGUGGUGGGGGCAGGUCCCCACCCAUGCCCAGCUCCUCGGGCUCCUGAGGUCCCUCAGCUGCAAGUCCCUGCCACUGGCUGUCGGGUUCUCAGGGCCACCAGAAGCCAGAACUCCACGGGUGUCCUCUGCUUGCUGAGACCAGGGCCACCCCACCGCCCAGUGUGUGUCCUCUGGAAACCUGAUGUCACAUGACCUGUGCACAGGAGAGCGUGGCAAGCUCAGAGCUCUGAAGACCCAGGGCAGCGGGGACAGGAGGAAGGGGGUCACUGCUGAGGCCUGCGCACCCCUGAGAGCGGAUCAAGUUUGAACUCCUCCCCUCAUGUCAGACUCCUGGCGGCCCUCAGCCCGGAGGUGCAGCGAGCUGAGCCCCUCGGCAUCGGGACCACUGACCAGCCAGAGCAGCUGGUCUCGGGCAGCAGCAGGCAGCGGCCCAGGAGCUGGGGCCACUGGGCAGGUCAAUGGCCACUCAGGAGGCCUGGGCAGUCCGGGAGUCAAGGAGCCAGCCGGGCCCAUGUUCAGUGCCUUGCUCAGCCCACACCGGCUGGGUUGCGCCUGGAGCCCUAAGUCCACCAGGCUCCCUGGAGUCACAGUGGGGAUAAAGGGACUCCCCAAGAGAGCUUUCCCCUCCCAAGAAUGUGCUUAGAAGAGAACAUUGUUUUCUUACUCUUCCUUAGUAAAUAGUCUGUCACUUAAAUGCUCAGUGAACAGGGCCAUUCUUCAGUGUAGUCAAGCAUUUAGAGACAAAUAGCUUCUAAAACUUUAAACGUGAGAAAAAUACAUACUUUGACAAUUAUAUUCUUAGGGAAAGAGUAUACUGUACACACAUUCAUAAUCUAUUAAGUGUAAUCAUGAGCUGAUUUAAAGUAAGCACACUUGUGGGAGCUGUAGAGAAGGCUUAGUGGUUAAGGCACUUGCUGGCAGAGCCAGAGGACCGAGGUUCGAUCCCCCAGUACCUGGGUAAGCCAGCUACACUAGCCGUCCAUUGGCUAGAGGCCCUGGCAUGCCCGUUUUCUCUCUGUCUACCUGCCUGUUUCUCUAAUAAAUAAACCAGACAAUAAGCACACUAGUCUAGUAGCAGCUGGCCGAUGUCACAAUGUGCAUUGUGAGGUCCCUGAAAGCUCUAUGACAUAUCUGAGAUAUCUGCUCCCCUCAGUGCUGUUUGGGCCAGUGGGAGACUUGGUGAUUCACCAGACGCUCACACGUAGCAGUCAGUGCUAGUUUUCGCGAAUACUUGACUAUGGGAAAUUUUUUCAGUUUUGGAGGUGAGUUCACACUGUCUUUGGGUGCUUUCCCUUUAAGUAGACUGGACUGUGUCUUUCAAAUACUUUGUUUAAACAUUUCUUCUGGCUCACAUGGUGAUAGUUCCAUUUUAUACUGUGAUUUAUUCCUUUAUCGUUGUACUUUUAUUCACUAAAUUACGUGUACAUUAUUUCUAAUACUGUGAAAGGGCUUAAGUGUGUGUAUUUUGUGUUAAUGAACUAAAAACACUCAGUUGAUGAACAAGAAUGUAAAGAUUCGCUCUUGAUUUAUACUGAUGUGUGAUACGUACAUAGUUUCAAUGACCAAUGAGAUUGGUUUUCAGAUAAUUGUGAAUAUCUGCAUGUCUGUACUUGAAGCUUUAAUAAAAGAGUUGUUAGUG